AUGCCACAUCCUUUUCAUGAUUCAGAUGCCUCAAAUGAUAAUGACCCUGACUAUAAUCCGGAACCAAAGAAAAAACGUCAAUUACUAUCAGUACUGAAUACUUCGGUGAACUGUUUCGAGCAUAGUUCAAGAGAAAAUGGUGACAAUGCCAAGGUGAAUGAACAACAUACGCGUUUAAAUAUUUUUGAUUCAACAGAAGCUUUAACGACAGUUCAAAAAAAUUUACCCUUAAAUCCUAGCACAGCUUCUGUUUCAAGUAAUGAAACCGUUUGUUUGGAAGAUAACAUUGCCGAAAUUGCUUGUGAUGCGGCUAGAACCCUUCAAAAAAAAUGUUCUAAUGUUAGGAGAGAUUCUAAUUCAAGUGAUGCAACGAUUUGUUCUUUUAGUAUAUUACAAGAUAAUAUUGAAGAUUCAGUAACGUCUACUAAUGCGGCACAAAUCUUUGCUGUCGAAGAUGAAUACAUAGUUCAGUCGUGUGAAGUUAACGAAUGCGUAGAAAAUGUUUUCAGUUCAUGUCUCCGAUGUUCAAUUUUGUUAUGUUGGAAUCACUUCGAUAACAAUAUAACUUGUAAUGAUCAUCAACAACCACGUCCCAUUUCGCCACUAUGUGAUUUAGGUUCUAAUGUCCUUAAUAGAUUGAUGCCAGAAGAUUUUACAGUUGAAGGUUCACCAAGAGAAAUUGUCAUUCAGAAGAAAGAAAAGAUAUCUAAAAAGGAGUUGAAUAAAAGAAAUAAAAAUUUGGGAAAGGAAUAUACUACGCAAAUAACAAAUAAAAUUAUACCUGAACGACAACUUGAACCAGUAUGUAAUGUAGAAAACUGCAAGAGAAUCAAUCGUGAAUGUGGUGUUUUCGAUGAAAAUUCUCGUAAAACAUUGUUUGAUGCUUUCUGGGCGUUAGGAAGUCUACAAUCUCAAAGAGAAUUAAUUGAAUACUAUAAUAUACUAUUUACAUAA